AUGGAGGAUCAUCACAUCUUGGGAGAAGACCUUCCGUUGCCGCCGGCGCGACUUUUUGAGCGCCUGGCUUCCAUCCCUGGGUACAUCUGGGACCCCUCAAUCGAGCCGUUUCAUUCCACAUACGACAAUUGGCACGUCUUCGGAAUCCGCCAGUCGUCAGAUCAUGACCACUCCACCCCCGGGGCCACCUCCUCGGGGCCCUCGAGUACUACGCGAGAGUCUCCCCGCAUCGACGUGAGGCCACCGUUUCGACAUCACUGGCGAAGCAGCUUGAGCGAGUCUAGCAGUGAGUUUUCCACAUCACGAAUUGAACUAGAAUCGCCAUGGCUCCCCGUUGUAGCUCGUGUUUCCAUCCACGUCGUCCGUUUGGAGCGUGAAUUUCAUAUGAUGCGCUCCCUGGUUCAGGUUUCCGAUCCGGAUUGCAUUCACACCGUUCGUCCAAUCGAACUGGUGAGACUACCUCCUGAACCUGGCGAUGCGGGUCCCAUCCUCGUCGCUGUAGUCGAGUCCCCGGGCCCCAACUAUCUUGGAGACAUCGUUGCCUUUGGCCCGGCCUGGUUCGGCUUGGGAAUUCAAAGUGACAGUAGUACCACUUCGACACCUGGAGAGCAAGUUGCUCUCCCUGUUUUCCUGGAUUUUGCUAUUGGCGCUUGUGAUUGUCUAGAAUUACUGCACUACGGCCUAAAAGCGAUUCAUGGCGAAAUUCGCGGGGAUGCGUUCCACUUCAACCGCAACACUGGCAAAGUCAAACUAGUCAACACUGGAAACGGGGCCAGAGCUUUCGAUAACGCAUUAAGUGAAGGAUGGUCAACGUUAUCACGCGAAGUUGGUGCGAAGACUAAAUUGCAAUUUGUUGCCCCCGAACAAACAGGACGGCUGCCAACAGAGCCUGAUACUCGGACCGACAUUUAUGCAUUAGGUAUUCUCUUCUGGAGUAUGCUCGUGGGCAAACCCGCUUUCACAGGUUCUAGCCCAAUGGAAGUGGUUCAGAAUGUGCUAGGCAAAAAAUUACCCCCAGUGUCGUCCAAGCGGAUGGACAUUCCUGAUGCUCUCUCCGCAGUCGUGCAGAAGAUGACGCAGAAAGAGGUCAAAAACCGAUAUCACACCAUCACAUCCGUGAAGAGAGAUCUUGAAGGGAUAGCAAGGCUUCUUGGUGACGGGGAUAGCAACGCGCUGGCCACAUUUGAAGUUGGUCAGACCGAUGUUUCUUCAUUUUUCACGCUCCCUUCUCAAAUGUUUGGGAGAGACACCGAAUAUCAAAAGGUCAUAAGCAUUGCAGAGAAAGUCCAUCGACGUCACCAAUCUGCAUAUGCCAGGUCGGCUACUCCAGCAAAUACCAAUGCAUAUGCUGUAGGAUCAGCGUCAUCUGUCUCCGAGGGUCGUGUGGAUAGUUUUGAUAUUGAGGGCUCGAGUGAUUCUGGAUCUUUCAACAUUGUCACUUCACGAAGCAAUUCCAAUGCCGGCCCUCAUCUCCUCAACCAUGUUCUCACGCAUGACUCAACCCAUAGCACAGAGUCUUCUGUCUCCACGGAAAGAGGUCUUAGUAUAUUCUAUAAAUCGAGAGGCCCCACGGAACUCAAAACUAUAAGUGAUGGCGGAGACCGGGAUUCUACCCAUUUAUCCUUGAAUGGUAGUACUCAAAGUCCAAUGGACUCAAUAAAUUCGGGGCCCCGGCACAAACCAACCCAAAAGUUCCGUCGACAUGGACGCUGUGAAGUCGUCACUAUUACAGGUAAUGCUGGAAUUGGAAAAUCUGAUCUGAUCCAACGCGUACACCCCGCAAUUCGAAAGCUAGGAUACAUCGGGGUUGCCCGCCUUGACCGUGCACGAAGGAUUCCCUUUGAACCCUUUGCUAGGAUCCUAGCCAGCCUUCUUCGUCAGAUAUUCUCCGAGCGCGAUGUGACUUCUGAGUAUCAUCACAUUGUACGAUCGUUUCUUCGGCCGUUGUGGCAAACCUUGUAUCAAGUACUUGAGCUGCCGGAGUCGCUCAUAUCGCUCGGCCAGAAGGAAAAAACUCUUUCCCCGAAACCGACAGUGGCUCAACAUCUUUUGAAAGAGUGCUCAAAGAGCGACACGGCCAAACGCCCAAGCUUCGGACAUGGCUCGGCUCCCAUAGAAAUGUUCUUAUCUAAGGCAUCCAACAAAAACAUGCGUUUGAUGGAAACGUACUUGGAAAUAUUACGAAUACUCUGCAGUCAAAGGCUUGUUUGCGUCUGCCUGGAUGACCUUCAGUACUCGGACGAUGAAACGUUCGAAUUAAUCAUCAACAUUGUUAGAGCCAAGAUACCUUGCCUGCUUAUCCUAGCCGCUCGCAAGCAUGAAAUCGAAUCGACGGAAAUGCUGUCUUUUUUCAAUACCGAAAGCCCGAACAUUACGAAGGUUGACUUACGUCCUUUAGGUGAAGAUGACAUUACGAAAUACGUAGCGGCUACGAUGCAUCAGUCCAGCAAUACACCGACACCCCUGUCUGUAGUGGUAGUUGAAAAAAGUCAGGGUAAUCCUUUCUUCAUGCGGAUGAUGCUGGAGACAUGCUAUCGCAAGAAUUGUAUUUGGUAUUCUUGGAAGCAUGGUACCUGGGAAUUUGACCUUGAUCGAAUAUUUAGCGAAUUUGUCUCUGCCGAAUAUGGGGACAGUCUUGGGACGGAUUUCCUUGUCAAAAGAUUCCAAGAACUACCUUCCGCAGCCCGGUCAAUUUUGAUAUGGGGCGCUUUCCUAGGCAGUCCAUUCUCAAUCUACUUGAUAAAGAAACUUUUGACAGGCGAAUUUUGGUAUGAUGGCGGGGAAGCAGCUGUCAAACACAAUGCUACUCGUUGUACUAAGCCGGUGGAAUCUCCACGCUCUGAGGCCGAUAUAAUCGCUGGACUUCAAGUUUUAGUCCAAGGAUAUAUUAUCUUGCCAGGUGAUACUGACGAUGAAUUUCGUUUUGCACACGAUCGAUUUGCGCAAGCUGUCUCAACGCUCAGCGAAUGUCAUGACGUCGAAAAAAUGCAUUUCAUAAUUGCACAGACUAUGAUGAAACAGGAUCUAGGUGAUAAGGACAUGUAUCCAAAAGCACAUCACAUAUGUCAGGCCACACGCCUACUUCGAGCGCGAGUACAAGUACGAACUCGUUACAGGAAAGUCCUUCAAUAUGCAGCUCAAAGAGCGCUCGACACAGGUGCUCGACCAACCGCGCUCUGGUACUCGCGACAUUGUCUUGAUCUUCUGCAGCCUAAUUGUUGGGACGACAAUUCUCCAGAUGUGGAUUAUGAAGAAACCCGUCAACUUCAUAUCUCAACAGCAGAGCUAUUUUGGUAUCAAGGACAAAAUACAGAGGCUUUGACACUUUUAGCAGAGGUCUUUCAGCACUCCAGAACUGCUGCAGGAAAGGCUAGAGCAUGGAUUAUCAAAAGCCGGAUAUCAACCCAAGCCGGUGACUUCAACGGAUCUAUGGACGCGUUACUAACAUCAUUGGAGGAGCUCGGUGUUCAUAUCCGUCAGCCUACCUCUUACGAGCAGUGCGAUGCCGUUUUCCAUGGUCUAGCCCAGCAUUUGAAUUCCAUCAAUGUAGAGAAAAUGAUACGACAACCACCAAGCGAAGAUCCCAGAUUUAUCGCUAUCGGAGACGUUCUUGCUGAGGCCCUGGCUGUUGGUUUUUGGGGUGAUGACCUCACAUUUUUACAUAUGAGCACUGAAAUGAUGAAGCUUCAUCUGUUUUCCGGCCGUUUCGCACAGAUUGGGAUAGCCUGCUCCCAUCUGGCUAAUAUAGCGUUUAGCCGUUACAAAGAGUUGGAUGUAGCCGUCAGAAUGAGUGAUCUGGCUCUCCUGCUUUUUGAAACGUAUGCAGACCCUUGGUCUCGUGGUGCUGGCCUGACGAUUCAUACAUGGAUGGUAGAGCAUCUCAGAAUCUCACUACAUGCUGUCUUACCGGCCAUUGAGGUUGCGGUAGACUCAUCUUUUACCAGUAACGAUCCACAUCUUAUGCUCACCAGUUUUGCUGCGAUGGCGGCUACUCGGUUUUAUUUGGGCCAAGACCUGUCUGAAUUGGAGAAUUUCUGCAAUGAAGCACCUGAAGAGCUUGCUGAUUGGAUGCUCGAAGCUCGAAGCGGAGUGCUACUCGUUUCUGUCAAGCAGGUAGUACGAGCUUUGCAGGGCAAAACAUCCUGGCAGGAUCCCGAUUUAAUUAUGACCGACAGUCAGCACAAGACUUCGGAAUAUAUGGACCACAUCUUCAACCAUGCAAUGCGUAUUGACCGCCCUUACGACAUCUACUGGGGUCAUGCGAUGGUUGCCUUAUAUGUAUUUGGGCAUUACGAGAAGGUAAUUGAGGUUGGCAUGAAUAUGCUAGAAAGCGUUAGCCGGUUGUGGUCUUUGAGAGUAGCCCAUUUGAUUUACUUCUACCUUGCGUUGUCAAUUUUUACGCAGCACUUUGAAAAUCAAAACAGCAGCACUUUAGAAUCGCAUCUGGAUGAUGUGGCAGUGUGCAAAGAAAAAAUCGAAUUCGCAGCAAAGGCUUGUGAGGUGAAUUACAAAAUGUGGUUAUCCAUCAUAGACGCACUGCUCUACGAAUAUAAGGGAGAAUUCAACCAUUCAGUGCGGUCGUACGAAGAUGCUAUUGACCAUUGUGAAGUCCACGGCUUUCCGUUUGAAGAGGCAUUGGCUCUUGAGCUUCACGGUGAAUUUCUCGUGCGCCGUGGAGCGAAACGGCCAGCCCGAUCAAUGAUCAAGGAGGCGAUUGCAGCUUGGACAGGUAUCAGCGCGACUGGGAAAGCAGCACAUUUAUCAGAAAAACACGAAUGGCUGCUCAAAACAGCUACCGCAUCCAGAUAUCAUGACAGUACCACCCAGACUGUCGACUCACUGGUUAACAUAAGCCAAAAUUCUGCUGUAGAACCUCCUUCUGUUCAGCAGCGCAUGGAAGACGAUAGGAAGAAGAAUUGGCUAGAAAACAACGGCGGCGCCGUUGAUAAUGGUCCUUUGGACAUACCCAGUGUUGGGCUAGAUAUUAUCGAUUUGUCAAGCAUCCUCGAGUUCAGUCAAGUCAUGUCUUCUGAGCUUCAAAUAGAUAAACUCUUGGCCAAGAUGAUUGAGAUUAUUUUGGAAUCUUGCAAUGGUUCGGACACAGCUGUUAUUGUGACCGACUUUGAGGACUCGGGCUUCGCUAUCUCUGCGACUGGCACGACAGAAGACGGCCAGAAAGCAUUCGUUGAUGGGCUGGCGUUCUCCGAGAUGGAGGACAAGAUUGCACAGCAAAUCACUCAUUACACCUUGCGUACCAAGCAAGAAGUGCUCGUCCACAAUGUGCUUGAAGACGAACGGUUCUCUAUCGUGAACGAAGGCUAUCACUCACGAUAUCCCCUUGGUCGAUCCGUCAUCGCCCUUCCAAUCGUUCAAGCCAAUUCGCUGCUUGGUGUAGUUCACAUUGAAGGCAACCCAAAUUCCUUUACACAGCGCAAUGUUGUCGUUCUCCGUCUUCUCUGCAACCAAGUUGGUAUUUCUCUCUCCAACGCACUGUUGUUCCGCAAAGUGGGCAAAGUUAGUGCCACAAAUGCCUCCAUGGUCGAAACCCAAAGGCGUGCAUUGGCCCUAGCUCGUGAAGCGGAACAAAAGGCCAAGGUUGCUGAGGCGGAAGCGAAUCAUAAUGUCAAAUUGAAGGAAGACGCCGCAAGAGCAAAAUCUGUCUUCCUUGCGAAUGUUUCUCACGAUCUUCGAACCCCAAUGAACGGUGUUAUUGGUCUUUCUGAACUCCUAAAAGGCACGCCCCUUGACAAGGAACAAGACGGCUAUGUGGAAUCGAUUCGAGUAUGCGCUGAUACCCUAUUGACUCUCAUUAACGACAUUCUUGAUUUUUCCAAGCUCGAGGCAGGUAAGAUGAAGAUUUCAACCGUGCCAUUAAAUCUGAAGGAAACAAUCACCGAGGUUGUUCGAGCUCUUCGGUAUACUCACCGUGACCGAAAUCUAGAGACAAUCGAAGAUUUGGAUCAUGUUCCACCUGAUCUAGUCGUUAUGGGUGAUCCUGUACGUCUCCAUCAGAUUUUCAUGAACCUCCUCAGCAACAGCUAUAAGUUCACGCCUAAGGGUUCUGUGAAGGUCGCCGCUUUUGUUACUCGUGAAGGCAGGGGUCGAGUGCGUUUGGAAUGUUCGGUCGCGGACACAGGAAUAGGUAUCUCAGAAGAGAACAAAUCCCGUCUUUUCAGACCGUUCUCUCAAGCGGACAAUUCAACAGCUAGGUCAUAUGGUGGCAGUGGGCUAGGAUUGAGUAUCUGUAAAGCCAUCAUUGAAGACGUACUCGGAGGGUCUAUUUGGCUAGAAUCGUCUCCAGGCGCAGGUACAACAGUGACGUUCCAGCUUGUUUUCCACAAAGCACCCAGGGAAACGGUAGCUACUGCACCAUGGUCGCAAAAUUUGAACCAAGCUGAAAGCCACGACAUCACACAUGCGAUUGCUCGAGAUCUCACCAACGUUCCUCGCGACCAAAUCCGCGUCUGCAUUGCUGAAGACAAUCCGAUUAACCAAAAGAUUGCAGUUAGGUUUGUGAAAGGCCUUGGUCUCGAAUGCGAGGCUUUCAGUGACGGUCAACAAGCAGUCGAAGCUCUAUGCCAGCAUGCGACUGAAGGCAGGCCAUUCCAUAUAGUGCUCAUGGACGUUCAAAUGCCUGUUUUGGAUGGUUACGAUGCCACGCGCAUGAUUCGCAAACAGUCGGACCCUAAUGUUAACCAAGUUUUGGUGAUCGCCAUGACUGCUAGUGCUAUUGCGGGAGACCGCGAAAAAUGCUUGGAAGCUGGCAUGAACAACUACCUUGCAAAACCAGUGCGAUCGUCUGUUCUCAGUGACAUGCUAAACCAAUAUCUUGCGCCUAUCAAACAUCAAGUACGUCGGCGUCCGGUUGUCCGUCACAGCGAUAGCGUCCGCAGUGACAGCGUGGGUACGCCGGGAAGUAAUACGUCUUCGUCUUCAGCCAGUCAAGUUAUCCUGCUUACACCGGAGGAUGAACGACUGCAACCUCGGACGACAACGCCUAGCACUGAAAAACAACUUCCCGAGCGUCCUGCGGUGUCGCCGAAGCAAGAUCCCAGUUCUGCACCGUCCUAG